GCAGUGCGCUUUAAUAGCUGACCGUCGGUCUGGAGGCCGGAGGUCGGCAUACACCACUGGACGGUUAACAUGACUUCGACAUUAAAAAUCACUUUAGUUCUUCUGCUUUUCUGCCAAUUUAACGAGGGUUUUUUCAGUCGGCGCAAGAAAGUUAGAGGAGGAUUAAUGUCAUUGAACGACUACUUGGGCCUACAUCCGGAGAAUAAUGACAUAAGUACUGCACCAAGGUAUACGGUCUUCGCCCCGGACCUGUUGAGGACAGACAGCGAGGAGAACAUCUUCCUGCAGGUCGAUGGUCAGUCCAGCCUUCUCAGUGUGACCAUCACUAUCCUGGACUUCACCAAGACAAUUCUACUUCUCCUGGAAUCUGUCACACUUAACCAGGAAAAUGACUUCCAAGCUAAAACAACCAUACAGCUUCCCUCAGAGAGUCUGAAUCCUGAAGAGAAAAAGAACAAGUUUGUGUACCUGCAGGUUGACUUUGGCGGCUUCCAUGUUGUGGAGAAGUUACUGAUGGUCUCAUUCCACUCCGGAUACAUCUUCAUCCAAACGGACAAACCUGUCUAUAACCCAGGAGAAGUUGUUUAUUUCAGAACCUUUGUGUCCAAUCCUAGUUUUAAGGCUUUUGACGCUUCCAUUUCACUUGAUAUACAGGAUUCAGGGGGCGUGGUGGUGAAACAGCUGGUCUCGAUGAGAGCCGCUGAUGGCGUCCUAUCAGACACGUUCACUAUCUUUGAAUUUGCAAAUGAAGGAACCUGGAAAAUAAUUGCAAAGCUCGACCACUGGCCGCAGAACACAUUCACUGCCCAGUUUGAGGUGAAAAAAUACGUGCUGCCUGCCUUCAACGUGACUCUGACGCCCAAGAAGACCUUCAUUGAUCUCGAAGAUCAGGAGUUUGCAGUGGAGAUCUCAGCCAGGUACCUGUUUGGUGAGCCGGUCCAGGGAACCGCCUACGUGGUGUUUGGAGUGAAGAUCAACAAAGAGAUGCAGCGUUUACCCUCAGUGAAGCAGGUGUCAGAUCUGGACGGAGGAGUGGUCACACUCAGCAUGGAUGAGAUCAAGAGAGCGUACCCCGACGUUAGAACUUUGGUUGGCCACUCUGUGUAUGUCAAAGCCUCUGUUCUCACCACCACAGGAGGUGACCUCGUGGAAGCCGAAAAAACAGGGAUCAAAAUCGUAGAGUCCCCGUAUGUCAUCUCUUUCAGAGAUACGCCAAAGUACUUCAAGCCAGGUCUGCCCUUUGACCUGACAGUCCAAGUCAGCCAUCACGACGGCUCCCCAGCCAAAAAUGUUCUGGUCAGCGUGUCACUCAUGGACGACCCGCUGGUCGUUUCCUCCGGCACUGCCAGGGCUACUAUCAACAUGCCCAGAAUUCAUUUCCCUCAAACCAUCAUUGCGAGGACCACACAGCAUGGUCUAAAACCAACUCAGCAGGCUGACACCAAGAUGGUUCUUCUUCCAUACCGUGCUCUUAACUUGAAAAAGCAGAACUACAUUCACAUCUCUGCUGCGACCAGCUCAGUGUCAGUAGGAGACAGGCUCUCCCUGAACGUGAAAAUCGUUACAGAUGAGCAGACAGCGAAGGUCUUCAGCGCAAAUCACAUCACCUACCUGGUGGUUAACAAAGGUAAAAUCAUAACAGCCCAGCGUAUGGACGUGACCGGUCAGUUGUUAACCGCCAUUGGACUGAUCAUUACUCCUGAGAUGAUGCCAUCGUUCCGUUUCGUGGCUUUUUACAGUGUCCCCUGGUCUGAGAAUGAGGAGGUGGUGUCUGACUCCAUCUGGGUGGAUGUGACAGACACCUGUGUGGGAGGACUGAAAGUUGGGCCAGUGGCUGGCGUACAUCGAGACUAUGCGCCUGGAAAAAGCUUUCGUUUUCAGGUCAAAGGUGACCCGGGAGCAAAGGUCAGCCUGGUGGCUGUAGACAAUGCAGUCUUUUUGCUCAACAAGGAAAGGCUCACACAGAGAAAGUUGUGGAACAUGGUGGAGCAGGGUGACAUUGGCUGCACCCGUGGGGGAGGUAUCGAUGCCAAGGGAGUCUUUACAGAUGCUGGACUUUCAGUAUCUUCAAGUACUGGAUUUUCAACUAAAUCUAGACAAGACUUGCAGUGCCCAGGAAGUGCCAGAAGGAGGCGCUCGGCUGAGCUGUUGCGGCGUAAAGAGCAGCUUGAGAGUCACUACAAGGAGAAGCUGCAGCACCGCUGCUGUAAAGACGGCCUGAGGGCGGUCCCUAUGCCGUACUCCUGUACACGCCGCUCCUACUACAUCACUGAGGGCUGGGAGUGCAUUCGUGCCUUCCGCUACUGUUGCUCCACCUAUAGGGAUGAGGCGUUUGACACCGAAAUACCAACAACGCCACCACCCACCACAACAACGCCGCCCACAACCUCUGCUCCAAGGCCCACCUUUGCAUUUCACUUUGCAUUUGCAGAUGUGGUUCCUGUUUUGAGAACUCAUGUCAGGGAUUCAGCCCCAAAUCGUCGUAUAUAUUUUUCAAUGGCAUCACCAGUCCAGCCCGAGCUACAUGCGGCCAGUGUACCUGUAAAUACAGGUCUGGAAGGAAGAGUAGAAUUACAGAAACAGUUUCCAGAGGAGGUAGAGGAAGAAGAGGAGGAAGAGGAGUGGGAAUACUUGGAUGAAACCGACGUUUAUGUGCGUUCCAGGUUCUUCGAGUCAUGGCUGUGGAAGGAUGUGAACCUGCCCAGCAAGGCAGAGGCAGACGGGUUCGCAUCUGAGACCGUUGACCACAUUUUACCAGAUAGCAUCACCGAGUGGGGAAUUAUGGCCAUCAGUUCUUCGCUCAGUACAGGCUUCUGUGUGGCUGAGCCGUACAAUGUCAGAUCCUGGAAGCGUUUUUUCGUAGACCUGAAGCUUCCUCACUCAGUCGCCAGGAACGAGCAGGUGGAGAUCAAAGCUGUGAUCCACAACUACGACUAUGAGAACUUGCGCGUCAGGGUGGUGCUGAUGAAGACGGAGGACAUCUGCAGCAUUGCAUUCAAAGAUAAACACACACAGGACGUGUCGGUGCCGGCCGGCUCCUCCGUCGCAGUGCCUUACACCAUCAUGCCGUUGGUGGUGGGAAAACUCCCUCUGGAGGUGAUGAUCCUCGCCAAGGAUUACCUGGGGGACCGGGUGCAGAAAAACCUACGGGUGGUGAUGGAAGGAGUGCAGAAGACCGAAGUGAAAAGUGCGGUUUUGAACCCAUCGGCUGAAGGCGGAACUCAGACAGUCAUUUUUGACAAGGUCUCACUGGAGUCGGUUGUGCCACACUCAGUUCCGGAGACAUUCAUCAACAUCAGAGGCAACAUAUUAGCAGAUAGCAUUGACAACUCCAUCAGUGAGGACUCCCUGGCAUCUCUGAUCCAAAUGCCUGGGGGAUGUGUGGAGCAGAAUUUGGCCAGAAUGACUUUGCCGCUCAUUGCCACCCUCUAUCUGGAUCGUACCAACAACUGGGAGAGCGUAGGGGUGGAGCGCAGGGCUGAAGCUCUUAGUUACAUCACUAAAGGGUACCAGAACCAGCUGGCCUACAAAAAGCCUGAUGGUUCUUAUCCCCCCUACAGGCGUGAAGGUGCAAGUACAUGGAUAACAGCGUAUGUAGUGAAGGUGUUCUCCGUGGCUCACACCAUUGUGGGAAUCCAAAAGCAGCAGGUGUGUGAGCCUCUGAUCUACCUGGCCAAGAACAAGUAUCGGCAUAUAACGAGAACCUUUGUUGAAGACAACCCAGUGUACUCAACUACCAUGACUGGUGGCCUCCGUGGUGAUGACCCUGAAAUAACCCUGACGGCCUUUGUUAUGAUAGCAUUGGCUGAAGCAAAGCAGGCUGGGGUACGCUGCUCUGAUCCAGAUGUGAAUAUGGAGUCGAUCAUCCAUAAAGUUGAGAACACCCUGAGAAAAGCUCUGGUAAUGAGGGGGAGGAGACCGUACACUGUGGCCAUUGCUUCCUAUGCACUGACGCUACUGGGCACAGAUCGCUUCAAGCCAACACAGGAGUUACUGGCAGCAGCUUCUCCAGAUCGCACACAUUGGCCGGACGCAUACAACACCUUGUUUACAUUGGAGGCCACUGGCUACGCAUUACUGGCACUGAUGAAACUGAAGCAGAUGCAGGAAGCAGCAACAGUCUUUGAAUGGCUCAGCAAGCAGCGGAGGAGAGGUGGUGGUUAUGGGUCCACUCAGUCUACCAUGGUGGUACUGCAGGCUCUGUCUGAGUACGAGAUCCACAAACCCCCGGUCAUGGACAACAAUUUAGAUGUGGACGUCAAAAUCAAGGGACGCCAGGAGCUACGCUACCAUUUCAACCCGACCACUAACUAUGCUGCUCGCUCAUCCCGGAUGCCUCUAAACGUUGGCCUGGAAGUAGAGGCUCGUGGAGGAGGACAGGGAAUACUGGAGAUGGUGACCUACUACAACCAGGUGCCUGAGGUGGACGAGAAAAAGCCGUGUGAGUACUUUGAGCUCAACGUUGCCAUCGAAGAAUCCAGUGAAAAACCUCCGGCAGAUGUAGAAAAGUCUUUCCAGAUCACCAUUAAAGUCAGAGCUCUGGGACCCAGAGAUGUCAGAAUGGUGAUCCUUGACAUCAGCCUUCCAACAGGCUUCACUCCAGAAAACUCAGACCUGGAGAUGCUGUCCAACUCAGUGGAUCGUUACAUCAAUAACUUUCAAAUAGUGGACAACCUGAGUGACAGAGGAUCUCUCAUCCUCCACUUAUUCAAGGUUUCACACAAGGAGCAGGAGAUCCUGAUCUUCAGACUUCAGCAGAGGUUCAAAGUGGGAAACCUUCAGCCGUCCUCAGUGACCGUCUAGUUUUCCACCCCGGGUCG